UCCGUCUUUCGCGUUUCGUUGUGUGCAUGAAGUUGCGUUGCCAACGAGAGCAUCAGUGGUGGUGGUCUCGAUACUCUGGAUGGUCCAGUCGCUGGCGGGCAGCGUCCCAGACGACAACAACAACAAUCGCCACCCCCUGACCCUCUCGUCGCGCAUCGAAAGUGCGUCCUCCCCCGCUUUAUUUCAGUUAUAGUUGUCGUCUCGCGCGGGGGUGGAACAACCUAUUGUUACUCUUGGUGGUGGUGUGUAAAUGUGCGUUAACGUUAAUAAAAGAGAAGAAAAAAAAAUAGUACGACAUAAGUAGACUGGCAGACAAAAGAAAGGUCAGGAGGAGGAGGAGGAUAUAGCAGCAACAACAGCGAGGAUGUGCGGCGGGCGGUGCAGCAGCACCAGCUGGGCCAUGGCUGUGCCGCUGGUGCUGGUGGCGAUCCUCGGGCUCCUGGUGGCCGAGGCGACGACGACCGAGCUCGGGCAACGUCAGCUGGAGCGCAGGCUCAACGAGACUAUCGGUGCCCAGCCGAUCAACUACACCGUGGUAAACAACACCGGUGUUGCGUAUCGCUCCAACACCAAGUACCAUCACAAGGGCAUGAAACAGCUCUACAACAUCACCAACAUGUUCAUCGACUUUGUCCAGGACAAGCAGGCCUAUCCGGAAGGUAUGAUCCGGCUGGACGCGGAAAAGGCGCCAAAGUUCGCGGACCCGAGGACGGAGUGGCGCAUCAUCCUGACGCACUACGGCGGCAUAACUGGCCUCGCCCUGGCCGGCGUCCUGCUCGCGGCCGUGCUCCCGUGCGUCGGUUUGUUCUUCUGCUGCUGCCGGUGCGUCGGCCGGUGCGGCGCCCGUAGCGAGCCCUUCGACAAGAAACACGACCACUGCCGCAAGAUAUUCUUCAGCAGCUUGCUCAUCGGCGCCUCCACCUGCAUACUCUUCGGGGUCGUUUGCGCCUUCGUCACCAACGAGUACAUGCAGGACGGCACCAGGGAACUACCAGAGUCGGCCAACGUCAGUCUACAGGACGUCAAGCUCUACCUGAGGACCACCAGGGGCGAAAUCGACACACUGCUGAAGGACAACUACCACGAGCUGGAGCUCGCCCUCAACAACAUCCUGCAGGCGAGCGGUAAAAUAGUGACGGAGCAGCUAGCUGAGUAUUCCAACGCCGUGUCGCUUAUGAACUUGGACGUCAUAGUCUCGGGGCUCGGGAGCAUAAGCAAGGACCUCAAGUCCAUCAACGAGAUCACCAGGAAUCUCAGGAACAAUGCCUCGCGACUCGAUAUCUUUGUCCGGAGGGUCAAAGGUAGUUUGCUCAAGACGCUCAACACUUGCGUUACCCCGGAGUGCAAGGACGCCGUGCAAAAGUACAAAAUUAAUCAGAUGAAGGUGGAGGCCGAGUUCGACAAGUACUUGGACCGAUACUUUCCCAAGCUUGAAUCUCUUCCCGACCAAGAUGUCACCAAGGCAUUGAACAACAUCUCCCAAUUGCUGAACGACAGUAUCGUCGAGGAAGUGCGCCGAGGUCGGCAACAAUUUAUGAGCAUCCAGCGUGAAAUCCAGCAAUCGGUCAAUCACACGAUACCCGACGUCAGUGCCAGUAUCAAGAAAGCCGGCGAAUCCUUCGCCGAAGUCGCCGAUAAGGUUGCCCAGAUGAUCGAGCGCAUCAAUCAGGACAUCGACCGCAACUACGUGCCCAAGCUCAAUUACGUCAAGAAUCACAUUAACCAGUAUUCGCCUUACAGGUUCCAGAUGCUGCUCAGUCGAUCGACCCUGAGCGAAUUUUUCACCCCGAAGAACCUGGAGACUGCGCUAAGUGAGCUCAUUUACGGUAGAUACUACCUCGGCCUCGCCAUCUCGUGUAUCCUUCUCACCAUUCUCACCUGUUUGGUGUUUGGUUUGCUAUGCGGAAUUUGUGGCAAGAGGCCCGAUGGAUACGGCGAGGACUGCUGCGACAAGGGCACUGGUGCCUGCUUUCUCAUGAUAGCUGUGUGGCUGAUAUUUUUGGUGACGAGUGUGCUUAUGAUAAUAACCGUGGCGCACAUGAUCACUGGCGUACUGAGCGAGCGAGCGAUUUGCGAGCCGCUGAAGAAUCCCAACGACAAUAGGAUGUUUGAGCUCGUCAAUGAUCUAGUCGAGGUCAAGCGCCUCCUCUAUCCCAAGAAUGACCACGCCGACAUCAACAUAAGCCACAUACUCAACUCUUGCCAUAAAAACGAGACCAUCUACAAGGUACUAAAGCUCCAGUAUAUUAUUGAUGUCGACACGCUACGUAGCUACACCGAUCGCUACGAUAUCAACAAAACGAUCCAGAAACUUGAGGAGAAGAUUAGUCUCUCCGGAACUUACGAAAUUAUUAGUAAAGAGGCAAAAAUGAAGCUCAACGCUCUAGCCGAUAGCGGACUCAGCGACAUCAGUUUCGAUCAGUAUACCGAGCAUCUUAAAGAGAACAUCACGAACAUCAAUCUCCAACAGUUGGCAGAGAAACUGAGAGAUCUGGCGUCAAAGUUACCGAGGAGCCACAACGACAUCAAGGAGGAGCUUUUAAAGAACGCCUACGACUUGGAGGGUUACCACAGGGAUAUCGUUAUCCCCAUGGCGAAUUUGAGCCACCAGUUGAGCGAGACCGCCAUGGAAUUGCAGGAACACAUCAAGUUCAAUCAUUCGUCAAUGGCCGAUGCUAUUUACAAGCUUAUCAAGGAGGUGGAUAAAGCUCAGGACUUUAUCACUAAGGAGGGACCUAAAUACGUUAAAAUGCUUGCCGCCGAAUUUGGCAAGGCUUUCAUCCACCAGGUCAACGGCUACCUGAAUUAUGUGAUAAAUAGUACCCUAACCCGAGUCGGUAAAUGCGGUCCGAUAUCGAAUGCGUACAAUGCGACCAUUGUAGCUGGCUGCAACAAAAUCCUUGAUCCUUUCAAUGGAUUUUGGGUGAGCGUUGGUUGGUGCUUGGUUCUGUUUAUUCCCACGAUAAUUCUGUGCGUUAAAUUGAGCGCUCUCUAUCAAAAAUCUGAUCCCUAUCCUGGGCCGUUAGUCAAUCCCGAAUAUUUGUAUGACGCGUAUGCGGACAGGGAUAACGUGCCCCUCGCUCACAUUGAAAAAAAAUACGCCGUACACGGCAGACACCACGGACACCACGGACACCCUGGUGGUGGCUAUCCUGAGAGCUACGACGGCCCGGCGGUCGGUUACACCGACAGGGAGCGAAUAACCGACGGGCACCAGUGCAGCUCCCAUCACCCUGACACGCGCUACUCGGAUAUAGCGCCCAAUUCGAGACAGCUGGCGCGCAAUAAAGCGCUACCUAAUACUACCGCUAAGCAAAAUAAAACCACUAAAGUAUUUAGCGUAGAGCUCGGUAAAUCACAGAACUGGGACUUUCCAAACGGGGGUCCUCCGAGGUACCAGCCGACAACCGCAGUGGCACCUCCAUUGAGCACCGAGUACGAGCGACCUCCGCCCUACUACUACCCUGGACCCGGGGACAGAAAUUAGAACAUGAGUGCCGUGGCAUGUACAAAAACGGCGCUGAGCACGGCGGCGCUGCAGAGUCUGACGCGCAGCUACCGCAGGACCAAGAAGAGCAAGCGGGACUACGUCUGAACAGCACGUCCCAACUCCCUUCCUUCUUGUCUCUCACAAGCACACUCCAUCUCUCCGUAACGAAAGAAACGUACGACAUGCCACGGGUGUUUUUUCCAUAUUUCCUCACUU